UUUAUACAUAUUUAUUAAAUGAAGCUAACUCAAGAUUCAAGAAAAAUUUUGAUUUACGUGGGAAUGAUAUGGAAUUAUUUAAUUCCUUAACUGGUGCUUCAUAUAAAUUUAAUGAUGCUUCAAUAAUCUUUGAAAAUAAUAUUAAAGAAAUCAAAAAUCUAAUAAUCAACUUGAAAUAUAUACCCUUUCCAUUUGGAAAAAAUAAUGAUACUAAACCUUAUCCUUCAUUAGAUGGAUUUGAAGAUAUUAAUCAAAUGAAUCUGAUCGCUAGAGCAAUCCUAAUAAAUCCAAUAUUAAUCAAAUUAUGGAAAGAAAUCGGAUACCAUGAUAUUUGUAAAGAUACUACUUCAUUAGUGAUACAAGGUGCAAUACUCAUUCUUUUUCCAAACUCGAAUCAUUCAAUCAAACCUGAUGAAAUAUCAAUUAUUAACCGAUUAAAAGAACUUAGAAAUUUAGGAUUCACAAUAAAUAGUAAUAUUGUAUUAGAAAUCUUUAUUCUCUUUGAAAAUAGAUUAGAAGAAAUUG